AUGGCAGCUUCCUCUUCAUCCUCCAUACUCUUCCUCACAAUGAUCAUCUUCCUAUUUCAAUUAUCAAAUGCAGCAUACAGCGUGGAUGUAAUGAGUUACGGUGCGAAACCGGACGGUAAGACUGACUCGACACAGGCAUUUCUCGAGGCAUGGUCAUGGGCAUGCAAGUCAGCAAAUCCGGCGAUGAUCUACAUCCCGGAAGGGACAUUUUUUAUAGGGGCAGCGGUGUUUGAGGGUCCAUGCACAAGCAGAAUAGGGUUCAAAAUUGAUGGAACCAUAAUGGCUCCAUCAAACUAUUGGAAACUUGGGGAUUCAGGCCACUGGAUUUUGUUCAGUAAAGUGUCUGGAAUUUCAAUCCAGGGUGGGAUCAUUGAUGCAAAAGGGUCUGACUUUUGGGAAUGCCGCAGAGGUGGACAAAAUUGCCCUGCCGGUGCUAGGUCAAUAGCAUUUAGCUGGUCAAGAAACAUUGUACUCAACGGCUUAAGAUCGAUCAACAGCCAGAUAUUUCAUGUUGCGCUUAACCAUUGCAACAAUGUCAGCAUUAAAAAUGUGCAGAUUACAGCCCCCGAAGACAGCCCAAACACGGAUGGCAUCCAUAUGCAAGCGUCGACCGGUGUUACGAUCAGCAGUAGCAACAUUGAGACUGGGGACGACUGUGUAUCAAUCGGUCAAGGGUCCAAGAAUGUGUGGAUUGAACAAGUUAGCUGUGGCCCUGGCCAUGGAAUUAGUAUUGGGAGCCUUGGCGACGAUAAGAAUGAAGACGGUGUCGAGGAUAUUACAGUAACAAAUUCAGUUUUUACCGAAACUCAAAAUGGAGUGAGAAUCAAGUCAUUUCCUAGAGAAAGCAAUGGAUAUGCAAAGAACAUCAUCUUCAAAAACCUCACCAUGAAUAACGUACAUAAUCCUAUCAUCAUUGAUCAGAAUUAUUGCCCUGAUCACAAGGGAUGCCAACAGCAGAAUUCUGGAGUGACGAUUAGUGGAGUGACAUACAGUAACAUAAAGGGAACUUCAGCAACAGCAGUGGCCAUGAAAUUCGAUUGCUUAUCGGGCAGUCCUUGCAGUGGAAUCAAAUUAGAAGACAUAAACCUUAGUUAUAAAGGCAAAUCCUCCUCUUCGUAUUGCAAAAAUGCUCAUGGGGGAGGCAGUGGAACGGUCAUUCCAAGAAGUUGCCUAUAG